AAUCUCCAGUCAGCACUAAAGCGUGAUGUAUUACAGAAGUUGCUUGAUAACAAUACCUAUGAUAACAGAAUAGCACCUAAUUAUGAAGAAGAUAGAGCAACCAACGUAACGCUGAAGUUGUCUAUCAUUAGUAUCGAUUCAAUCAAUGAAAUAUCAAUGGAUUUCUCUCUAAAUUUAUUUCUUUACCAAACCUGGGUGGAUCCACGCCUUAAUUUUACAAAGUACAGUAAUUUUUCAAGUCUGGAACUCGACCAGAAAAUGAUAGAGAAUGUUUGGGUUCCCGAUACGUACUUCCCAAACGAGAAACAAGCCACAUUCCAUACAGUUACAGUUAACAACAAAUUACUCCAUAUCUAUCAGAAUGGGACAGUUUUCUACAGUAUCAGGUUGUCUAUGACGCUGACUUGUACCAUGAAACUUCACAACUUCCCACUUGAUGACCAGGAAUGCACAAUUUUUUUGGAAAGCUGUAAGUAUUGAUUGGGAAAAGGCUUCACAGAGGAAAUUCCGGAGGGUGAUAUAGCGCACAAUUAAAUAGUCACCUUAGAAGGGUUGAUCGUCAAGGAGGAAACCGUUAGAUUGAUGACCACUGCUUAAGCAAUUGAUUUUUGUCA